AUGUCAGUUCUCAACAAUUCGUGUACUGAAGCCAUACCCAGUCAAAAUUUAAGUCAAGAAAUUGUUAGGACUGAAGUUCCUGCAAAUAUAACUGACGAAGAAUUUGAAGAAGCUCGAUCUGAAUCCAGCCCUAACUUUAACGACGAGUACCUUUUAAAAAUUAACGAACACACUGAUUUAAUACAAAAAACCCUAGAUGGUAGUAGAAGUGUCACUCGCAUAAACAAGGAAAGUAUUAAAAAGUCUCUGGAAGAAAUUAAGCGCAGCACGCAGCAGUUACACGACCAAGUUAAAAAUAUUUUACGACAGUCAACACUAUCUACCGAAAAUAAAACUACUUCUAUAAUCAGAAAUACGAUUAAAGAAGAAUUUGAAAAGAUUGCGUUAAAGUCUCAGCAGUUCUCCGCUCCGCCGCUGCUAAAACCACUUCAUUCAGAUAUUACCCCGAAGCCAAUUCCAAGUUACGCCACAGUUGUUAAGACUACAAAAGUUAUUGAGAAACCCCCAAUUCCGAUUACCAAACCAUCUUUAAUAAUUACUUCCAAAAAAACCAGUAUCCUCGUCACAAGAGACCAUCCACGCGUGGAGGAAAAAGUGUUCACUUCAAAGAGCUUACCUUCACUCCUGCUGAGAGGAUACGCAGCGACUAACGAAUUGUUUAAGUAUGUGACGGAUAAUCAGAUUGACAUAGUGUUUGUUAACGAGCCUUAUGUUGGAAGUGGCACCUAUAUGAGACGUUGCCCCGGCUACCAUAUUCAUCAGUUUUCAACUAAACAUCAUGUCAAAGCAUGCAUACUCAUCAAACAAAAUAUCGGGAGUUCGUUGGGCAUCUCAGAAGACUCCACUUCCAACAUUUGUAUAGUACAAAUAACUACAAACGGCAAAAAAAUAUUUCUUAUCAGUGUAUACGUUGAACCAAAUACUGAUGAAAGUAACACAAUUAAUACAUUAGAGCUCUUUCUACAAAAGACAAAAAAUUACAGCCAUAUCAUUUGUGGUGACUUCAAUGGCUGGCACCCUUUAUGGAACUCAUCCAGGGCAAAUCGGCGAGGAAAUAUUAUAGCAGACUUAUUAACCACUAACGAUCUUAACCUUUGUAAUUCUGGAAAUGUACCAACAUUUGAGACUGUUACUCACAACAUCCAUCGAGAAUCCAUAAUUGACCUUACUUUAACCUCCAAUCUGUCAUCAAAUCGAAUCAGUAACUGGAAAGUUGAUAUAGAAGUCUGCCCAUCCUCCGGUCAUAACGCAAUAACUUUUGAAUUAUUGAUAAAUAAAAACAGUAUACCCAAGCCAAAGAAACUAUCCACGUUCAAAUAUCAUACCCAAAAUGUAAAGUGGGAACAAGUCCACACAACUUUCAAAGAAGAAGUUGAAAAAAAUAUAGAUUUAAAUGUAAACAUAGAACAAUUCAAUAGUUUUGAACUAGAACAAUUCAUAGGCAAUUUAACAUCAGCUAUACAAAAAUCUUGUGAUUAUCUGUUUCCACAAAAAGGAGGAGCACGCAAUAGAGCAAUAUGGUGGAAUGACGAGCUAGAGCAGCUGAAACAAAAAGUUAUCAAGAAUCAUCAUAGGAUCCAGCAAUUGAAACGACGGAAAAAAUCAUUAACCGAAGUGAUAGAAGAAAAGACAAAACUAAAGACAGAAUAUGCGCAGGCAAUCAAAACUGUAUCAACCAACCAUUUCAGAGAGUUUUGCAAUAAACAGGGGAAGGAAGAUGUUUGGAGUGUCACUAAUAGGCUUCUUAAAACUACACCUCUAACUCAACCACCAACGACACUAAAAACGAAAGCAGGCAACUACACCUCAACCACCAAGGAUACCGCAGAAACAUUGUUAAACGAGUAUUUUCCUGAAGACGAACCUGACAUAAGCUCUAGACACAUGGAAAUACGCAACAUAGAGCUUGAAUCACCUUCCAAACCUAUGGAGCUACUUCAUCCUUCAAAACGGAAAACGAUAGAAUUUACUGAAGCAAUAUGUCAGCAAGAAGUAGAGCUACAUCAAACAUCGUCUUCAACCUGUAUCUUCACAGAUGGAAGCAAAAAUGAAAAUGGAGUAGGGGCAGCUUAUGUUGUGUUAUCUCAUGAAGGUCAAAAAUUAAUAAGGAAAUACAAGUUACAUAACACGUGCUCAAUUUUUCAAGCUGAAAAAUAUGCUAUUCAAAAAGCAAUACACUGGAUACUCAGCAGUAAACUACAUAAAUUCACAAUUUUUUCCGACAGUAAAUCAAGCUUACAAGAAAUCCAAAACCCAGAGAGUACAAACCCAUUAACCGUAGAAAUUCACCGUAAUAUAAUCAAAGCUCAAGCACUAAAUAAAACUAUUAAGUUUGUUUGGAUUAAAGCGCAUAAUGGAGUUCUUGAAAUGGCGGACAAACCAAAGAAAACAGCAACUGGCAGUACAGAUAAACCACCUUCAAUCAAAAGGAAAACUGUGACAAAAGCCAUAAAGGGCUCCGGCCAAGUUCAUACCGAUAUAGACACAAAGACAGCAGAGUUACCAACUCAGGAAACACAGGGUGAAAAGGUUUUGAACCUCUUGGAAAUAGAGGAAGCCGAAAAACUGCACCACCAGACAGGGUGGAGUGCAGAAAAGGAUGAACAGGGACCGCAGACCUCAGACUUGCUUCACUCUUCACCAAAUCUCGACGAGGCAACAUCAUCAUCUCCUGUGUUAUCAAGGACUGGUGCAAGCCUCUUACGAAUACGCACACAGAUUAAACAGGCGAGGGCUGCAGAAGCCAAAGAAGCCCUAAAAACGUUGUCGGAGACUGAAGACACCGCAGAGUCGGAUAUUGACAGUGGAGACACUAACACGUCCCUCAAUACUUCCACGAGGUCAAUUGGAGGAAACCGGAUGCUCCUUAAUGAUUUGCCCAGACAUGCCAAUGAAGUGCUGCAAAGAACGAAGGCAGAGCUGGAAAAAUCUGGAAAUCUAAAGAGGGAAAUCCGGGAAAGUGUCGUCUCGGGGAUGUAUACAUUAUAUGAAAUGGUCCUCAAAUUGUCUGAUUCGAGAAUUUUACACAUUCUUGAAUCCAGCAAACAAAAACUAAAUGUCUCACGUGAAUCAGAAAGGCUCACACAAAGGCAUGCAAGGUUCAUGCACGAGACUUUAGGACAAUAUGCUAACUUAAAAGAGAACGUAGAAAAGCUUUUGAAAGAAACAGAAUCUACCCGAUCAAUUGUCUCGUAUGACCUUUGUGAGGCGGUAACGGCAACAAAGAAAGAAAUCGUCAAUGUACGUAAAGAAAUCACCCUAGGUUCAUCCAUCUCGAGUCAGAUGCAAUUCUUGAUGGAGGAACUAAAGCAACUUCGGGCGAACACCGACACCCUUAAGAACCCUACUCGUCAAGAAAUUGACUUAUCUCGCUUCGCCGAAGAGCUGCAGGAACUCCGUCAGGCGGUUAGAGAACUCACCAAAGAUAGGGUAAUCCCGCAGACACAAAGUAGUGAACACAGCCCAGAGAUACCAAACCAAGAGAUGUUAUCGGAAAAACAUCACAAAAAAUUUAUCGAGGAACUUCAGGAUCAUAUCUCAGAAAUCAAAGCACAAAUAACAGCAGAGGUAGCAGAAUUAAGGCACGAAAUCCUGAAGAUAACGAGAGAUAUCAAAGGAAUAACUGAUGCCUCAUUCAAUUCUCAGCUACCCUCAGUCCAGGCAAACCUGGAAGAACUGAGAAGAGAGACGAGAGAACUGCGAGACACCACGGUGGAUUCAGCAGCUCCAAUUAGAGUUGCAAUAGAGAGCCUCAGAAAAGAGCUAAAGAACCAACCAGGUGUAAAUGAAGCAGACUUCACUGGUAACAACUCUCAACUAAAAGGGGAUGAUAUAAACGAUUACGAGAAAAGAGAUCAAGCAACAGUAUUCAAGCAUAAAAGCUUCACACGUACAUUCUCAGAGGUGGUGAUGAAGCCGCAUUAUCCGGAAGUUAUCGACGUUUGGCGCAAAAGUAUAAGCUUCCGUGCCACCAGAUAUGCACCUGCUCGCGUUCAAACAGUGUCACACAAUAAAUUAAGGGUCGAGUUCGAUAACGAACAGCAGCGUGACGAAACUCUAACACGUUUAUUGAACUCAAAGGUAGUUACAGCUGAACCUGCACGAAAACUUAGACCCAUGAUAAUCCUCAAGGGAAUUUCUGUUGACACUCCAACCGAAGAAUUAGUGGAUAUUAUUAAAAUGCAAAAUGCUGAACUAUCUGAUACCAUUACAGAACAGGAUGACUUAAAAUUUUGCUUCAAACGCAGUAACAGAAACCCUCACCUAUACAAUGCAGUUUUUCGGGCUCAACCCACAGUUUGGAGAAAAAUCAUCAGCAUGUGUAAAUUAUCCAUCGAUCAUCAGCGUAUACACGUUGAGGAAUUUUCACCAUUUAUGCAAUGUCAUAAAUGUUACCAGUUUGGACACACAAAGAACAAAUGUACUUCGGAAAACACUGCAUGCGGUCAUUGUGCCGCAACCACACAUAAUUCUGAAAACUGUCCUAAAAGAGACAAUCCGGACUGCGCUCAGUGUAUCAACUGUGUCGCACAUAACACCAAAUUUAGCACAAAACUUGAUACCAAACAUAAGGCUACAUCCACUUAUUGCCCCAGACUGCGAGCCAUGAAAGAAAGAAUCAUAAACCGAAUUGACUAUGGAUCAACCGGCCAUUUCCAAAUUGCACUGGUGUCAGAGCCCUAUGUGGGAUCUGGCAAUAUUGUUAAACCCAUCCCUGGUAUCAACAUAUUUCAGUUCCCCAAUGGCCAUACUCCUACUUUUGAGACAGUUUCAUAUGGACAAGUGCGUAGUUCUUAUAUUGAUCUUACCCUUGCCUCUAGCUCUAUUUAUGACCGGAUUGGGGACUGGAAAGUUGAUCCUUUAAUCUGUCCAUCUUCUGAACACAGGGCAGUAAUAUUUUCAGUCGCAACUCGUGGUGAAAGAAGAAAAACCAACAAAACAACCAGUACGUUUAGAUACAAUACGAAUAACAUAAAAUGGGAGGAACUAAGACCUUUCUUUGAAACUAAAAUUAUGGAAUAUGUACCCCAAAAUGUUACAGUUGAACAGAUGCAGGCAAAUGAACUGGAAGAUUACAUAAUUUCAGUUACAUCGGCAAUUCAAAGAACAUGUGAUGAGCUGCUCCCAAGGUCAACUGGUCGAAAAUACCGCUGCCCUUGGUGGACAGACGAACUUGAAAGUCUCAAAAAACAAGUAAUACGCAACCAUCAUAACAUACAAAAACUUCGCCGACAAAAUAAACCACUUAAGGACGCCCUUUUGGAAAAAGAACGCUUAAAAACUGCUUAUUCAAAAACCUUUAGAGAAACUUCCACGCGAAAUUUCAGAGACUUUUGUGAAAAGCAAGGGAAGGAGGAUGUGUGGUCCGUUACAAAUAGAAUAAUCAAAUCAAACCCACCUCCGCUGCCACCAGCCACACUAAAGAAAUGCGAUGGUACAUACACCAACUCUAGCCUCGAAACCGCCCAAGCUCUUCUUAAUAAGUUUUUUCCCGAUGAUGACAUAAAUGAUACACCACUUCAAGAAGAAGCUCGGAAAAUUGCAAUUACCGUACCUAAUACUCAAGAUGAACCCCCUUUUACCUAUGAAGAAAUUCGCAUCUUUGCUGGAUUAAAGGUCACAUCGGAAUCUCAGGCAAUGAAGAAGCGGAUGCAGCUGCCAAAAGCGCGGCAACCUCCCACCGAUCUUAUGAAUUUCUCAAAUUCCCAAUAA